UUGACAGUGACAUUAAUGACAUUCAUUCGUUUCAUUUAUUUAUUAUUAUUGUUUGUUUUUCUACGAUUUACUAAAAAUAUUUAUUUUAGAAACAAUGACAAAAAUUGCGGAUAACGUGAACCCGCACGUAUACGAGAAGGGUUCGGAACGGAAGACAACUUCGGCCGAACUUGACGAGGAGUUAACCGAUGAGUUUGAUGAGAGAGAGAUCUUUGAUUUAAUACGCAAUAUCAACGACCCUGAACAUCCUCUGACUCUCGAGGAGCUUAGAGUGAUCGAGGAGAAGAAUAUUGUGGUGAACAAUAAGGAAAAUACGGUGGUGGUUAAUUUUACACCAACUAUUCCACACUGCAGCAUGGCAACGUUAAUAGGUUUGUCAAUCCGUGUUCAACUACUUCGAGCACUGCCUAGCAGGUUCAAAGUAACAGUUGUGGUCUCCGAAGGUACCCAUGUAUCAGAACAUGCAGUCAACAAGCAAUUGGCCGACAAAGAAAGAGUGGCAGCUGCAUUGGAAAAUAAUAAUUUAGUGCAAAUAAUAAAUCAGUGUGUGGCAAAUGUUUAAUACUUUGAUUUAGUUGAUGUGGUAAAAAUUGCCACUAUUGAUAAAAUUAUUGUGAAAUUAUGGUAUAAUGAAAUGACUUAUUGAUUGUAAAUAAACAAUAUUGUAUAUACUCAAUUUAGGCGGUGUGGUAAAAAUUACCACUGUUAUUAAUGAUUGCAAAUAAUUAUUUGCAUAAGUGAUGAUCUGUCUGUAAGAUAAAUAAUACUAUAUUUAAUUUAGUUUAUGUGGUAAAAAUUACCAUUAUUCAUAACAACUGCUAAUAUUCCUAAUGAGUAAUUUAAUUGCUGUAAUGUAAUAAAUACUAUUGUACUUAUUUUGUUUAUGAUAUGCAUCCACUUAGUUGUAAGUAUAAAUUAUGAAAGAGAAAAUUUUUCAAAAAUAAGAUUAGCACAAUUACAACAACUUGUACAACAAUUAGUCCAUUACCUUAAGGUUGUCUUGAAAAGAUUGCUCUCAGCAAUAAGACCGCCUUACUGUACUUAUACAAUUGUAUCAUUGUGUUUGUAAAUUGUCUUGUUUAUUCCCUAUAUUGUAUAAUGCAAAUAAAGUAUACUCAUUCAUUCAUUAGCCAGCAAUUAGAUUUUUUAAGUAACUUAGGAUGGCUGCUUUAUAUUUACAUUAUCACAGGCUCAGGUUUGUGACAUUCUUUAAAAAAAAACUUACUAUUUGCUAAACUAUAAUCAGACUUAUCUACUUUUUCAAGUCAAUAGGCGACCUAAAUAUAUUUGGACCACUUAGCAACUUUCACAGCUCAUUAUCUACUAUGAGACACAUAUGAGUACGUAGUCACCCAUUAAUGUUACAACAAAAAUAUUACCUUCAUGUGAUAUUUAACAGAAAUUGUUUUUUUUUUAUACCACUGAGGUGGCAAAUAAGUACAUGGACCACCUAAUGGUAAGCGGUUACCAUAGCUUAUGAACGCCUGCAAUACCAGAGGUAUUACGCGCGCGUAGCCGACCCUGAAGAAACUUUUUUACCUCUCUUUUGAAGAACCCCAUGCUGUAGUCUCUUGGGAAAACUUCGGCAGGGAGCUCAUUCCAUAACCUGAGUGUUCGUGAGAGAAAACAUCUCUGAAACCGCGUUGUACGCGACCAUUUAGGCUGUAGGGUAUGAGGGUGAACUCCCUAUCGAUGGCGAGCCGUACAAUGAUAGAAAGUAGGCCGUAGGCAUCAUAUUGAAUAAUUCCUCUGAGCACAAUCCGAUGUACAAGCGGUAGAACACGCAGAGUGAGGCAAAAUCUCUCCUAAGACUUAAGGGUUCGAUACCGCUUGCAAGCCUGGGAUCAUCGACAAUUCUCAUAGGUCGUCGUUGCACUGAGUCGAAGGGUUCAAGCUGGUAUCUAGGUGCUCCCGCCCAUAAGUGACAGCAAUACUCCAUAUGGGGCCGGAUUUGCGAUUUGUAAAGCAUUAAUCAUAAGUGCAUAUCAUCAUCUUCCUACCUUUAUCCCAAUUAUUUUAUUUGUGGUCGGCAUAAUAUGGUUUUCUCUUUUAUUCUUCUCAAUUUGCAGUUAUUUCUGCAUUCACUCCCAUUCUGGCCAUAUCAUCUUUGUUGAUAUGUGCAUAUAUAGGUAGAAAAAGAUAUGUGAUUAUAAUAAAUCUCGAAAUAUCUAAUAUUAACUGGAAAUAGUUUUAGUUUUAGAAAGCUAUUGAUG